CUAUCAUCUACUUCACCAGUUUCAUCAUCAUCAACUAUAUGAUCGUAAUCAACAUGUAUAUAGCUAUUAUUCUAGAAAAUUUCAACCAAGCACAUCAAGAGGAAGAGAUUGGCAUCGUUGAAGAUGAUUUGGAGAUGUUUUACAUUCGAUGGAGCAAGUAUGAUCCACAUGCUACUCAAUUCAUCCAGUUUUCACAACUAUCGGACUUCAUAGCCUCCCUUGAUCCACCUCUAGGCAUAUCGAAGCCCAAUACUGUGGCUUUGGUUAGCUUCAAUUUGCCAAUAGCCAAAGGCGAUAAAAUCCAUUGUCUGGAUAUUUUACACGCCUUGGUUAAACAUGUCCUAGGACACGUAGAGGAGACUGACAACUUUAGACAGUUACAAGAACAGAUGAGCUUAAAGUUCAAAAAGCAGUUUCCAACAAGGAAAGAACUAGAAAUCGUUUCUUCAACGCGGAUAUGGAAGAGACAGGACAAGGCUGCUAGAUUAAUACAGAAAGCCUUCAAAGAUUAUGUGAAGCGAAAGAAGGACAAAGAGCGCGAAGCUCUGGAAGUAGACGACGCGACACAAACGUCCUCACCAGGCGGUGGUGGUGGAGGUUGGUCAGCCCGUCUGUCAACGUUCCUUCACGUGCACCGCGGCAGCCGCGCCUCGUCCCGCAAGUCGUCGCGCGCGUCCGACGCCAGCGACGUCAGCGAGCUGACCGGGCCGUGGAUGAACUUGCCGCUGGUACUGCUGCAAGGUGCCACGCCCCAAGCGGCUGCCGCGUUGGGCGGUACUGUAGUACCACCGCCCCUCCAGCAAGGGGACGCGGGAGAGGACCUGGAGGCGGGGCGCGGCUAUCGCGGUGCUGGUGCUGAUGCCAGCGCUUCGGAUACUAAGCACCGGCUUACGCUCAAAGUCUGCGAGGCGACUCCAGAAACAGGAACAACGCCUGUGACACCUCUACCAACACCCAGUGGCGGUCCGGCGUCAGGGCAGCGGAGACGCAGCUUCUAUAACUUCCCGUUCUUCCUUCGCCACCAAGACGCCGUUGUCGAGACCGAAGAUGGUUCAUCAGCUACAACAGGGACGAAAAAAGACGCGUCCACAGGCGCAUCUCUGCACCCCUCUUCUGCUGAGGAAAAAACGAAGCGGAUAGGGAGCAUCAUUAGGAGGAAAAGAGUUGGCUCGGUCAAGGCCAGACCAACAUCGGUGUCCCAAGGUAGCGGUGCAACGGUCCAACGCACUCAGUCAGAGCGAUGUUCAGGUAGUGGUCCACCUCCAGACAUUAACAUUUUAGUGACAGAAGCGUCACCGGAGAGCGCCGGAACUUUUGGCGGAACCGGUACUACCACAGUCAGCCGGCCCCCGCUCAGCAGACAGAACACCGAAGCGCAGGUGGUGCAGGUACUUGUGCAUCGGGAAAGCGAAGAGUACAAUGAGGAGGAAGAGUUGGAGCACGAGUUGGGUGAACAGCGCUUGAGGGCGAUUUCACCCAUGAACGAUACGAUACCGAUACACACAGUACACCACAGGGACCAAGACAGAGAACGUCAGUGGCACGUGCGCAGCUGGCUGGAAGGUCAACCAUCAACGGUGGCUCCGACAUUGCCAUCCGUUUCAGCGCCACCUAGCGUUGGUCAUAGCCCGACGCAGGAAGAAGCGUGCGCUGUGACGUCUUCUCCGGUGUCACUGCCCCAGCUGCAACAAACAGAGGAGGAGGGCGCCAGUUCUGGUGCAACGUCACAACUCCACAGAGGUGAUCCGACUGACGUAGUUAUAGAUAUAGGUAGUCCUGUCUCCAACGAGGAUCUGGCAUCUAUUACGCCGUGCAGCUGAUCCUAACUAAAAGAUACACCUACGCAGUCCGAAUGCCAGACAGGUCCACCUUCAAAUACAGGGCGCAAAUAUGAAGUCUACUUUGAACUCAAAAUGUAGCGUAAAUACGGUUAUGAUAACUGGUAUUGUGCAACUUCUUUCAUAAAAUUUUUCAGGUUUGUAAAGAUCGAAAUUUAGGUAUGAGUAGUUCUCAUAUAUAGGAUACUACUUAAUGAUAGGCCGUAAUUACAAAGGCGCAUUUCUAUAACAAAUGUCAGUAGAAAACUUCAAAUCAACAUGUAUCCUAAAAAGUCUGGUUCUCAAGAUGAAGGAUGUCAAAGCUUCAAUAAAAAAUUGGCCUUUAAUAAAUGAAAGCCCCUUGUGCCUAGUAUGUUGAAUUUUGGCAGUAUCGUUCUUUUCAAUAGGUCAUUAAGUUAGCACAACUAAAGGAUAAUUAUGAAUUCCAUUGCCGUCUCGAGAGGAAGUUCCAUGAAAGAUAUUGACAAAAAGUGUGUAUGCUUCUACUUCUGUAGAAACUCUAUAUUUUUCAGAUUAAGUAGCUAAUGGUAUAACUUCUUUGUCUCUUGGUAUCUUUCCGUAUGUCACUUUGUUUUCGAGGAAAACAAUAGAAACAACUUCAUUACAUGUCGAAAAUUAUUAAAAUAAGAUCAAAUCAACUUUGAUCUUUGGUAUGAAAUACUGUUCUGUUGUUUUCGACUUUUCGUGACAGUUUUCUAUCAUUUUUGCUUUGUCAAAAAACAUUUUUUCAAUAUUUGACACCUUGUAUCUUGGAAACCAGACUUUUCAAGGCAUGUUUAAAUGAACCUUUGUUUGAAUUUGGUUCAGCAAUGCGCCCUUCUAAUUAUCUCCUAACAUUAACUAGCACCAUGUAUUUUGCAGAUUUUUUUCUUGAAUGUCACCUCUUUUGAUAGGUUAGCAAGUUAGAAAUCAGGAGGAUGAAGUUGAUGCAUAAUUUCCAUGGAGCCUAUACAGGGUGAUUCACAAGUCGUGACCAAAAAUGCAACAUGAUACACAGGACCGCAUUUUAAGUCUUCUAUGUAACAUUUUUUCCUCGAGUUUGAAAAUAAAAAACAUUUUUUUAAUACCGUCAACUGGAAUGAACUAAAAUUUGGUAUGUGGAUUUACCUAAAUAUUGUCGACAUUCAAAAUUAGUGUGCACCAGUGACGGAGAUACAGGGGAUUAGUGGCAUUAUUUUUCCAAAUAAAAAUAGUACGCCACUGUUUUUUUCUAAACGCGCAAUUUUUCGAAUUUUACCUUCAAUUUGCUACAAAUAAUAACUCUCCUUUUUUUCCCUAGAGUGCAUUGUUUUCGUAAAAGUUAAAAGCAAACUAGAUAAUCAAGGCUUUACUUCAAUAAAUGUUCAAAAAGACCACCAUUAUUACGGAUUCAAGUGCGGCAUCUUUUUAAUAAAGAAACGUAUUUCCGCAAAAUUUGUUGAGGCUUGAAUUUGAUGAAACGCAUUAUCUAUCCUUUCUUGUAACUGUUCAACAGUAUUAAUUUGUUUAGCAUACACUAGUUGUUUAAAAGCAUCCCACAAAAAGAAAUCCAGGGGGUUCAAAUCAGGAGGCCUCGCAGGAAAAUGUAUGGGUCCGUGUCUGCCAAUUCCCUGGCUGUCGAAAAGUAUUAUUUAACCAUGCGGUUAUGUCACGACGAACAUGCGGUGGGGCACAGUCAUGUUGAUACCACAUUCGUACUCUCGUUGCUAACGGAACAUCAUCCAGCACGUGUUCUAUGUAAUUCUGUAAAAAAGCUAAGUAGGAGUUUGCAUUUAAAAGUUGAAAGAAAGAAAAUACCGCACCAGAUAUGUCUAGAAAAUCUGUGUUGAAACGAGUGGAUUCUUACAGAACGGGAAUUUUCUAACGACCACAUAUGUUCAUUAUGAGAAUUAAAAGUUCUACUCCUAGUACAAAGCGAUUCAUCUGACCACUAAGUCAAAUCAAUAAAAUCUUUGCAGUAAACACUCACAAAAAUUUCGUCGUUGCACAUCGUCGUCGGGUUGCAGGCAUUGCACAUUUCGCCGAUGGUAAGAAUGCAAGACUUCCCGAUUUAAAAUUCUCCACGCAAGACUUUGAGAACAUGAUAACUGGGCUGCAGUCCGCCUAGUACUUGUACCAGGAUCAUCCAGCGCCAAAUUAGUCACUUCCAGUUCCCCUUGAACAAUAUGCCGGACACCAUGGUCUCUAACUCCGGGACAAUUCCAUAUGGCCGAAGUCUUAGAAAUGAACGCGUAAAACCCUAUGGGGUAGAUUGGCGUCUAUUAGGAAAUCUAGAAACUUUUUACUUGACUUUUACAAAAAAAAUCGUAGUGGUAACAAUAACAAAUAACUUUGACAAACUAUCUUCCAAGAAACGUCAAAUUGGUAUCAAGACCUCCUAGUUUAUUUUGAACCUGUAUCUCGGCUCUUCAUGAAUGAUCUAAUUUGUUUUAUUUUUAUUUUUACGGAAACAGUGCGCUCUAGGAAAAUUGAAGGUAAAAUUCGAAAAAUUGCCGGUUUCGAAAAAAAAAACAGUUGCGUACUAUUUUUAUUUGGAAAAAUAAAGCCAAUAGUCCCCUGUAUCUCCGCCACUGGUGCUUAAUUUUAAGUAAAGGCUUUUGAAUGUGGACAAUACUUAGGUAAAUCCACAUACCAAGUUUAAGUUCAUUCAAGUUGACGGUUCUGAAGAUAUUAAAAAAAUUGUUUUUUAUUUUCAAACUUCAAUACCCCGUAUCUUUUUAAUGAAGCCCUCCAGGGAAAAAUGUUACAUGGAAGACCCCCUUAAAAUGCGGUUCUGUAUAUGAUGUUUCAUUUUUGGUCACAACUUGUGAAUCACCCUUAUAUCAGGAGAAACUAGGCAAUGCUGUAAAAACGGCCCCGAAACUUGACGCCUCGGGUACCAGUGGUGGUUUCCAUGUUGAUCUUCGAUCACUGCGCCCUCAGUCAAGCGCCAGGUUUUAGGGGUUUUUUUCUCAUUUCGCCGAAUCUCUUCCUAUCUAGGCUGCAUGCAAAAUUACUAUAGUAACACUUUGUCAGGUACUUUUUUCAAUAGAAAGGGGGUCAUGUAAUUCAUCAUUUUGAAGCUCAUUACUAUCUUAUGAGCCUAUCUUCCCAAAUUGCGGACUAUUGAGCUGAGGAGGGCCUUUUGUGUUUAUGGACUACUGACAAAGUAUACACAAGGAGCUUCAAAAUGAUGUAUUUCAUGACUCACCUUCAAUUAAACAAAUCUUAAACUGUCACUUCCAUGCUGAAAUAUAGCAUAAUAUAGCAUCAAUUGUCAUGAUCCUAAAUUAGAUCCGCUCAAAAAAUACACGGAAAGGGGACAUUAAGAAAAUCACUGUAUACAUAUUAAGACACAAUUUUGAACCCCAGAAUGCUACAAAAUUGUUGAUAAUAUUGUUGGUCAUUUGGAAUUUAAAAACCGUUAAUCGGUGGUGACAAACACCUUCAUCCGCUACUUUAUGUGUAUGACAACUGCUUUAAAAGGGUUAUUACGUAAAGAACCUAUGUAAUGUCAAAACAAAUCGGUAAAAUGUCAACCUGUGCACUAGCCGCUAGUGUGCCGCUAGUUCAUUCAGCGCCUACUACAAGUAAGCAAGGAGUGAAUGACAGCUAGUUGACGGUAGGACCUAGGAUACCUACAUAAUGUCAAAAAACCUACAUAAUGUAAAAAAUCGAUGUGGCUUUUUAAAUUACGUAAUAUGGGGGUCGUUUCCUCUACUGUCCACUUCCAUAUCUAAGUAUGCAUAGUAUCUAAGAUGCUUAUCUAAUUGGGAUAUAAAUAUUCAUACUCAGAACAAAAUUGAUUCCAAUUAAAUCAUGCUGCUAUCCUCUAGUCUACUAUGAAGGAAGUUUAAUUACAUGAAAAUUGUUGAACUUGCAGACUGAUAAAUGACAAUAUAUUUCCACGUGAUAUUAAAAAAAUAAAUGUGUUGUAGAAUUUCUCGAAUUCGAUUAGAAUCCUGAAUAUCUCUGUCUACAUUAUGUAAAUUCUCUAUAAUAUCAAAUGAAUCUUAUAUAAGGAAGGCGAAAGAAGUACAUAGUUGCCGAUCAGUAACAGAGUAUACUGAAAUGUGUUUACGCUUCUAUACACUAUACAGGGUUAUCCAAAUUAAGUGUCCACCAUUAGUAACUUUGUUAUUAGUGAAAAUACAAAGUUGUUUGAAUUAGCAAACUAGUAGCAUUUUUAACGC